CUGGCAUCACUGGGUGUCUCAGUGUCUGGGUGAGGGAAUAGUUCCAGCACCCGAUUAACAGCCCACAGAGUUUAUACCAAGAAUGUAUUCCUAGACUUGGCAGUGGUAUUGGUGUGCAAAACUCAACAUCUCAGGCGCCCGACUGACUGCGUUUUUGUGUUUUUUACUCCCUUACCACAAACUCAUUGGCAAAGUUCAACUUGUCCGUCCGUCGGGGUCUUAAUUCAACGCCUACGUAUUUUCUGCGUUGUUGUAAAUCUUACAAAGACGCGCCCUCCCUCGACCUUGAAUUUAAGACAUUGUCUUUUUUCGGUACAUCAAACCAGUGAUUAAGAUGGCGAAAAAAACGUACGAUCUAUUGUUCAAACUACUUCUAAUUGGAGACUCGGGCGUUGGAAAAACGUGUAUAUUGUUCAGAUUUUCUGAUGAUGCUUUUUCGACAACUUUUAUCUCAACGAUAGGAAUUGAUUUUAAGAUAAAAACAGUGGAACUCAGGGGUAAAAAAAUCAAACUACAGAUAUGGGACACAGCAGGACAGGAGCGUUUCCACACAAUCACAACAUCUUACUACCGAGGAGCAAUGGGAAUAAUGCUAGUAUACGAUAUAACGAAUGAAAAGACCUUCGAGAAUAUCGUCAAAUGGUUGAGAAACAUCGAUGAGCACGCGAAUGAAGACGUCGAGAAGAUGAUCUUGGGAAACAAAAGUGAUAUGGAAGACAGACGUGUUGUCAGUACAGAGAGAGGAGAAGCCAUAGCAAGAGAGCACGGCAUCAGAUUCAUGGAGACCUCAGCAAAGGCAAAUAUCAAUAUUGAUCGUGCAUUUAGUGAGCUCGCUGAGGCUAUUCUGGAUAAAACCCAUGGAAAAGAACCCCAGGACGCACCAGACCGUGUGACUGUCGAUCGUAGAGUAGAAAGAAGUUCGAAUCGGUGCUGUUAACUCUCUCUCUCUUUCACUCUCUCUCUCUAUCCUCUCGUAUUUUCUUUAUUUUCUAUUUUAUAUUCUUUAUUUAUUUUUGAUUGAAAAUAAGAAAAAGCGUCUAUAUAAACUCGUGCCAGUUUAACUAGAAUUUUUGUGAUGAAAGCUUAAUGCAUAUGUCAUCUUAUGUGGCUAAUUUCAACAUUAUUUUGCAUAAAUGUAAUUAACCAAAUGAAACAUAAAAAAGUACCUCAUAAUAUGAGAAAAAAAAACACUGCCCGAUUCAGUGAUUGAUUACCUGAUCGUCGAGAUGAAAGAUAUUGAAACGUUUGAAUUCAUUGAUUGAAAUCGAAAAAAAGUGAAGGGCUGCGAUUACGUGUUGAUGAUUUUUAUAAUGAAAUGAUUGAAUCAAUUGUCUUAAAGGAAAUUCCGGAAUUCAUUUCACCCCAAAAAUUAUGAAAAAUAUUGAGGUUUACUUGACUAACGGAUGUGUUUUUUUUCUAUCACAUUUUACCAAUCCACAAGUCAAGCCAUCAACAGCAAUGAUUUUUUCGAAACUGUACGAUCUAGUCCCUCCCAUCGUCCCUCAUUACGCGUCUGCAUUUUAUUUUCAUUGCACGAGUGUAACAGUGCAAUUGAGUUUGAAAGGUGCUCAUUCACUUGACCCAAUAAAUCCGUCUAUUCGCGAGAUGCACAAAAGAGGACUGAACACCAGAAUAACCAUCUGAUAUAGUUCUAACUAAAUUAAACUUACCUACUUAAUGUAAUGAGAAAUUGGCAUUUUUAUACGUUAUUUCUCACUAGUGAAACAGCGCGAUUGCCUGUUUGAACGAUUAAACAGCGAAAUUUAAUGACAGUGAAUUUAUUUGUGAAUCUUAUAACGCUAAAAUGUAAAAUGAAUUCACAACAAAUAUAAUCUUACACAAUU